ACGUGAAUGAAGGUGUUUUUUGGCGAGCUGCUUCAGAAAAGAAAUGGAAACUGUUGAAGAUCCUGGCAGCUUGUCUCCUGUGAUGGGUCGGAUGAGGGGCCAGUUUGGCUGGGGACUCGUGCUGCUUCUCUCCGUUCUUGCCUACGGCUCGCAUGCACCUUUGAUCGGCCUGUGUAAGGUGGGCGGGAACGUGCCGUUCAGUUCCUCCUCCGUUGUGGUUCUGGUCGAGCUGGCAAAGCUUGCCGUGUCUUCUGUGUUGUUCCUAGCUCGUGAUCGUAGCACUUUCACCAGUGGGGGAGCUAUCUCAGUGUGGGCAGCCCUCCCGUUUGCUGUGCCCGCCUCCCUUUACGCAGUCAACAACAACCUGGUCGUCCAUAUGCAGCACCACAUGGACCCUGUGACCUUUCAGGUGCUGAGCAACCUCAAGAUUGUAGCCACUGCUGCUUUCUACAGCCUGCUGCUCCGCCAGUGGCUGCCUGCUCGCAAAUGGCUGGCGCUGCUCCUGCUGAUGGCAGCUGGGGUUUGCCACACUGAUGCCAUGCAUGGCCGGGCAGGAAGGAUGGAGCCAGCGACCCAUGGCCGGCUAUACAUCACUCUGCAGGGUGCGAUUGCCAUCACUGCCUACUGCUCAAUAUCUGGCCUUUCUGCAGUGUACACAGAGUGGGCUCUGAAGUCCCAGCCACUGCCCCUCAACCUCCAGAACCUGUUCCUGUAUGCGUUCGGUGUUGCUGUCAAUUUGAUGGUGUACACAGCCAGCUCCCCCUCCACCAGUUUCUUCCAGGGCUACUCCGUCUGGGUAGCUGUAAUAAUUGGCAGCCAGGCUCUGAAUGGCUUGCUGAUGUCGGUCAUCAUGAAAUAUAACAACAACAUGACCAGACUCUUUGUCAUUUCCUGCUCCAUGUUAGUUAAUGCAGCCCUCUCCGUCCUCUUGCUUGACCUGCAGCUCACCCCAUUGUUCUUUGUGGCAGUGGGGCUUAUCUGCCUGGCUAUUCAUCUCUACUAUCAAGUUAGGUAAUACUGAUCGAUAGGGUCAUAGUCCAUUUGGAUUCAGAUUGCAUCCUCCCUGUCCCAUCCAAUUUGUUUUAGUUUUAUAGAUUACCUUUUUGUAUUAGGUUUUCUCAACACUGACUGUCAUCACGUUCAGUCUACCUUGCCUCAUGUGACACUACUUUGUCACUGAAGUGAAGGUGGGUUGAAUAAGGGAGUCAUCAUGUGAUUGAGCUGUCUUAAUGUCUGAAUGUGGGAACUACUGUUCUUCACAUUCUUACUGUUAGCGACUGAGCCACUGCUUCUUCAUUUCUAGCAUCUCUUUGUCACAAGGCUUGCCACCUCAGGAGAUUAAACAAAAAUCUUCUCCACUUAAUUUCAUUUGAAUUUUUUGGAAGUUUCAAAAAUCAUCCAAUCAGGUGAUUAGAAUCAUUUCACUUCUGAGGUCCUUUCUGAAAUUGACUGACAGUUUUUGUUCGGUGCAGUGGAAGCUGUGUGACUUCAGGCUGGCUAUGAAGACAAUCCAGAACCAAGUCCCCAAUCCACACUGUUGAGUAUUCUGGAAGCAGAAAAUUCAAGUGAGGGAGAACUUUAAACUCUGUGUGCGUCUUCCCUUUUGUCCUUUUACUAAUUAUUUAUUUCAACAGGAAAGUGAUCUCAGUCCUAAAGAGAGGAAUAGGCUAUUCAGCUCUCCUAUCCCUACUUCAUAAGAAUGUAAGAAUAGGAGUAGACAGUUCGAACCCCAUGCCUGCUCAGUCAGCCAGUCAGUAAGAUUGUAUCACUUUGCUGGCCCUCAGUUUUCCUCUGCUAAUAAAAUGUUCCGAUCCCAGUCUGGAAACCUUCAAUUCAUGAUCUGGGAGAGCGGGUUCCAGAUUUCUGAAAGCCUUUGUGUGGAGAUAGUGUAUCCAGAUUGACUGACCAGCCCAAAACAAGAGUGAAGCUAGAAUUGUAGAAAAACUAGAUCUGGCAGAAGAAAAACAAUUUCACAUUUUAAGCUAAUAAAAUGUGAGGCUGGAUGAACACAGCAGGCCCAGCAGCAUCUCACAUUUUAAGCAUAGUCUUUCAUCAGAAUGCAUCCAACUUGAGCUUAUCUCAAGAAACGUGCUGUGCCCUAGACGCCUAGUAACACUAUUACUGCUUGACCCGACCCCAUUUCUCACACAGUCUGUGCUACUUUCUAUCUUUAACAAGUGAUUAAACAUUAGGGUGAAGUUCCAUUGAUGUCAUUCAUUGUCCUGGUAAUUGGCCAAAUUACAAUCUGCUGUUCAACCAUAAGUGGCAUCACAAUUGCACUUUAUUUGGUUGGAGGAUGCCUCUGGGAAGUGACCUAGAGGUGGAAAUACACUCCAAUAGCCUUAACAGUCAGUCUAAAAAUUGACGUUUUGAACUUCUGCAGAGCUGACCUAACUCAGCAUGGACCAGACAAUGUUUCAGAAACUUUCUUGUCUUUGUGACUGUUUGUUCUCUGUGAUGUUGCCUGGUUCAGUUUAUGAUCAGUGGUGAUCACCCCAGGGUGAAGCUUCCCUGUUGUUUGUGGGUGGGCUUUUUCUUGGUCAAUGAAGGGAAGCUGCCUAAUUCUAAUCCUAAUGGAGGGCAGUUCUUGAAUGAAUGUUGCAUAUUUCCUGGCUCCAUCCUUUUGAUUAUCCAGCAGGGAAUAUAGGCUGGAAGUGGGCCUGUCUCUGAGAGGGGGCUUCUCACAUUCUUACUGGCAAACUCGGCAUAUUAAGAAGUCCUUGGAAGGUUGCCUCUGUUUCACUGCAGUUGAGGGAACAGACAUUGUGCUUCUCCACCCCUCUGCAGCUACCUCUGUCUCCCACCGCCUCUGCUGCUGGACAACACAGGGCUUUUGUUACCAUGAGAAUCAGGACAUCCAUCUCAUGUGUAGUGAUGACCUCUGGGAUCAGAAGGGGUUUUUGUGAGUUGUGAUGUUCCCCACAGUUAAUCUCCUGAGCAAUAUUGGAGCUUCCCUGUGAAGAAAAACCACUCUGUGUAGGUUACAUAUGGACACAGUUUGUCAUAUGACGUUCCGCCAUAUAUCCAUAUCUUUUUCCCAGUGGGCUGCUUGCAUCCAUGAUUCAAUUUUCCUCUAACUUAAAAGUCGAGAGAAUUGUCUAAAGCAAAGUUUGUCUUUUAUUUUAAGGUGCUAGCUGACUGAGGUAUUUCUAACAGGUUUGAUAUAUUACUGGAAAAUCUUUCCAAGGCCCAGUCCUCAGUCUGUUAAUACCAUAGUUAACCAUAGACAGUGACGUCGUGUAUUGUGACAUUUCAAAACUUGAGUGCAUCUGGAAUAAUUUCACUGUGUUUACAUAUUAUACUUAAAUUCAGUCAAAAAUUCCAUAA